AACGAGCGAGCCAUUUUUGUUUUGACGCCAGGUCGGUUCGGUUCGAUCGUGCGUGCUUCACCGUUCUAGUGAAAAAAUCGUGCUUCCUGAUGAUCAGCGACUGGUCUUCAAUAAUUUGUGAAAAACGAGUGAGGAACCUGAUUUGCGGCUAGUAAAACGGUAGUGAUUGUGGUUUUGUGAUAGGAAAAAAAGCUUUGCGCUGAGUUUCUGAAAAGGUGUGUUGAUAUUUUUCCUUCCAUCGCGUAUCGCUUCGGCACAACGGGACAUCCUUAAGCAAACGCGGUCAAAAUUAUUCCACAUUACAGCGGCAUUGGAAAGUUCGUAAUCUCGAGUAACUUUAAUAUAAUACUUCAAUCUAAAAUGAACUAAUUUGCCUAAUCUAGGUUUUGCCUCAUUCCAAUGUCUCAGAUUCCAAUCAUAAUCGUUUCUCAACACGCAGUGUACGAUUUUGUUGACAGGGGAGAGGAAGAAUUUGUUUACCUACACAAUCUGAGUGAAUUGGAUCUGUAUGAUUAACCGAAGCGACACAACACGGGCAUUGUGGAAGCUCUGUUCAGCUGCAGCUGACCUACUGCGGCAAAGUUGUUUCGCAAGCAAAAACCAUCUAUCGCGACUAGAGAAGGGGAAGACAAAGGCACUACGUCAACAGUAGAAGCUGUGCGUGUGCAUUAAUAUUCAUCUGUUGCGGGGGUGUGCACACUGGUCUGCUGGAUAAACUCAUACUACCUACCUAGUGGCUGUAAUAAAAACGUGUACCUAUAAUAAAGUUCAGAACGACGUUAAAUCCGUAAAAAUGGCAAAUGCAUUGCAUUCGAUUCUGCUUAUACCGUGCGUGAUGUGAAAUGCAUAUUGUGCCCCUUACGACGUUCAACGUUUUAUCUGUGGAGUGGAUCUGUGGAAAAGGUUGCAUGCACCAGUGAGUCAUAUUGUUCAAGGCUGAGACAAGAGAAGAAAACUGGAAGUGAAGUAAUUGCUGCCGUUCUUAUUUAUAUCGUUUGCGCCUCAGACGGUUGCUGGAACAUCAGUCAGUAAUUUGAGUAAUCAUCAUUGAAUACAAACGUCUUCGAUUCUUUUGUCUAAACCUAACCAACAACCCGCAGGAUGGGUAACGUAGUCAAUAAGGUCACCAACCCGAUCCAGGCGAUGCGGGGCAAGAAGCGCAAACGAGAGGAUGAAGACUCGGACUGCAACGAGGAGAUCAACGAUUUGCUUGACAAAUCACUUGCUACUCCUAAACGAAAGAAGCUCAUCUCGACGGCCAAGUACAUCUACCAGGCGCUAUUCAAGGAAGAACGCAACUCGGACAUCACGGUGCACGCCCUCGGGAAGGUGUGGCACCUGCACAAGGUCUAUCUCAGCCAGAGUCCCUACUUUGCCAGCAUGUUCAACGGAUCGUGGCGGGAGGCGGACGAAGAUUACGUCCACAUCGAGAUAGUGGAUCCGAAGAUCACGAUUGAAUCGCUGUACUCGGUGUUCGGGGCGCUGUACAUGGACGAGGUUGUGCUGGAACCGAGGGAGAUUGUUUCGAUACUGGCCACGGCAACCCUGUUUCAGCUGGACAGUUUGAUCGACCGAUGUGCCGAGGUGAUGAUUGAGACUUCGAACGCCGAGACGGCAGUCAAGUAUUACGAGGCGGCCUGCGAGUACGGGGUAAAGAGUGUGAAACAAUCCACGUUCAACUGGUUGCUGGUUAACCUGCUGAGUCUGUACUACAAAACCGGCAAGUGGCUACGGUUGAUUAGUAUCGAGCUGAUGGAACUGCUGGUGGCCAGCCCGGAUCUGUACGUUAUGCAAACUGAGCUGUCGUUGUACACAUUAUUGAGGUAUUGGAUGUACCUGAAGCUGCAUCCGGGAGCGGAGGAAGUCGGAGCGUCGGAAGAAAAGUUACAGUAUUUCGCUAAUAGGCAGAGUUCGGUUGCAUUUUUGAAUACCCCGAAGGGAAAGCCUUUCGAAAAGUGCUUCCGUGCGUUGCGGUUGCACAAUUUACUUAAUCACCAUGUGGACAUCAGGGUACUGAGGCAGGAUAACAUUAUACCGGUGGAGUGGAUGCAUGAACCGCUGUUUCAGCAAUGGAAUAGCAUGCUGCUGGUGGAUCAAACGCUGGACAAAGGCCCGAAGGACGUCGACGAAAAGUUAUUCUUGGAAUCGUGCAUACGGUGUGGUCGGACGUUGCCAGAAAACGAAUACCUUAAGUGGCGAUGGACCGGGUUCAAUUUCGGACUGGAUUUGAUACUGAUAUCGGAUACCAAAACGCUGAGGGUAAAGCGGCACCAUAGGACGGAGAACGAGCGGUUACUCAGCUUACAGGUGAAACGACAGUUUCAAAUCCGUGUCUCGGUAGCAUCCCUCAACGACCUACGGCAAAUCAAACAUCAACAAACCACUGCCAUCCAGUCAGUGUCUUUAGACAAGAACGAAGAAGCGAUGCUGAUCAUGUUCGACAAGGAGCUCACCUACCCGCUACUCAUUUCCGUCAACAUGCUGGUGGUAUCACCUCCACGAACUAGUCCACCCAGCACACCGGCCCAGACAGCCGGACCGUCCAGUAGUAGUAGUUCCCGACAGCCUCAUCGACGAGACGAGGAAGAAUCUCUGGACGCCGGGGGGAACGAUAUCGCCGUGAGCUCAUGAUUGCACACCAUUCGCGCCAAAAGGGUUCGACGACCUCCGCGGCGGCAGCAGCGCUCCGGAGGAGAUACGUCAGGAUGCUGAAUUGUGUACUACCGGUAGGGGCUAGUGAACUCGCGUUUAUCGUUAUCUUCCGCCGGGUGCGAAGGUGUGGUAUCAGCUGUUUUUUUUUAAGGUUAUCGUGCGAUGUAGCGCCAGACUACGACUCUCACACAUGUCGGGUACACACUGUUGUUACGCACAGAUAGCGUUAUGUAGGGUAUGUGCAAUGUUAUAAACAUAGCCCUAAUUGAGCAUACUUGAGAUAUUCUUCAAAAUUUGAUUAGGCAUUUGGUUUUCACACUAUUUACCAAGUAUGUCCAAAAAGGGAACUAUAAUGCUUAUAAUUGGCAUAUUUACCCUUAUUAUCGAUACUAACAGCAUUUUUCACUACGCUGAUAUCUGGGUACAUUGAAAGCGAUAAGAGAGGUUUAACGUAUAGUCUUAUAUCUUGAUCAGUUCGUACCUUGUAAAUAGGUCCUGCUGAUAACAGGUGUGUGUGCCAUUUAUUCUCACGCCUUUUUCGCAAUACAACAACUCGAACUCAGUGUCUUAUUCUCUGUAACUAUCGGUGACUGAAACCGUGAAUGUUGGAAAACUUUUUACAACUUCUGGAUUGUAGCUUGUUAUCAGGAUUGAGAACUUUAUUAUCUACACCUAUUGGAAUAUACAUAUGCUUUUGUGAACAUUGAUGAAUUGAAAUUUUAAUCAUUUGAAAGAUCUAAAUAAUCUUCAUCCUGCUACCUGUAUGUGUUUCGAUUGAUUUUGAUGAAAUUUUCAUAACUCCACAUAACUGUUCAAGUUUAAGAUUUGAAAAUGCAUUUGUCUUAAUCUACAUUGUUCUAACUUAGCUAGUUCUGAUUAUUUUGAGCGAGUUUGCCGAAGGUGGCAUCCUUAUAUUUAUUUCAGAUUUCAAGAUACGUUUUAGCACUGGCACAAGCUAGCGGAUGUAUUUCAAAUCUAAUAUUACGUGUCAGUUAUGUGUAAACCUGCCCUACAAUUCAACUGAAAACGGCAUCCUUCUAGCUACUCAGAAUUUCUACUGCAGAUAUGACUUCGGCAAUUUUGAUUUUAUGUAGUUUUUUAAUGAACUUGAAAGAUAACAAUUAUCCGAAUGUCGUAAACUAUAAAGUGAUCUUUUUCGACAAGAAAUCAAACAAAGUUUAUAUUCGUAUCCAAUAAUCCGUAUGUUACCCACAAUCUCUUUAAAUAAGUUUAAUUAACCGCCAUAAGUAAGUUCAAACGUCAUGUUGAAACCACCCAGUCAAAUACUAUUGUAGUAAUAACAAACAUUAACUUACAGUUUAGAAUGAGUAGUGAAUCAAAAUAUAAGUGAUAAUGAAUGUUCAAUUUACCGUUUCAACAACAUAACUACAGUCGCGAGAACAGAGAAGGGGUAUAUUUACUUAACUAAUUUAUUAACUCAUAGGAUUAGCCUACCAACGCAAACGUCAUAAGUAACGUUCGGAUUCUUCCAAUUUUGCAUCCCCGAUUUUUGUUUGAAACGGAAAACAUCGAUAUGAACCUAAAUAUGUUUUCCAACCGAACACACCUACGAAAUAAGUCUUGCAUAUUCGAGCCACGUUGUUUUGUGACUAACUUCCAUACCGUUAGAUUUAAGUUUGAACUGGAUUAUCCAAUCGGUUAUCGGAAAAUGCGCAAAGUUGUGAAAAAGGUCUGCCCGCCUAUUUUUAUUCGUUUGUAGAGUAUAAGGUUUUAUUUACAAUAACAUCGAAUCGGAGUUCUUUUUCUAUA